GAGGAAUGUCGGAUUUGUGACAGAAAGCAGUUCGUCGUCAGUCUCUCAGCUAAGGAUUGUAAGGUAAAGAAUCCUGGUUGUGUGAGGACCACUUUGGAGGCACGAUGUUACACUGUAAAAUCAAGACUGAGAAAACAGAUGCUGGGGCUCGAAACCGUCUUGAUGCGGUGUUACAAGGUCUGGUUGAGAGAAGUGACAGUGAGAGAGAGCAAAAUGAAGAGGAUUCUGGGAAAAUGGUGGCAGAUUCUUUGACCAAAGAUUUGUCACCUACUUCUGCAGGCAAAAGACCAUCAUCACGAUUCCCACAACACAGAAGGAAGAAGCGUAAGGAGAUGGAUGAUAGUCUAGCUGAAACUAACCAGCACAAACAAAAUGCUUAUAUCAUCAAGUUAUUUGACCGCAGUGUAGACUUGGCUCAGUUUAGCACCACCACGCCACUGUAUCCCAUUUGUCGGGCAUGGAUGAGAAACAACCCUGCAAUGCGAGAGAGAACGGCACCCAGCCCUCCUCACAGCUCUGGGGAGGAAGAGAUGACUGACAUGCUGAACGGCAAAGGACAGAACAUCUACAAGCUUCCUCCACCUGUUUCCUGUCCAGUCAGUUCAUCAGGCGAAGCUGUAAAUCUCAGGAUUCCACCAGUAGAGAAAACGACAGAGAAUCAGUCCAUAGACACUGCAGCAGGCACCUCGGCACUAAUGUUCAAUCAUAUCAAACGCUGGAAGAAAAUUAGACAGAAGUGGAAGGAGGCCUCCAGCAAGAACCAGCUGAGAUACAGCGAGAGCAUAAAAAUCCUUAAAGAAAUGUAUGAACGUUAGAGCAACUGUUAAGAGAAUUUGGUAACAUUUGCAAGCGGGAAGCUUUCAAGCAGAGUGAAUUAGUUACACCAAAUUAUUGAAUAAGAAGCUAGCCUAAAAUAUGCAAGUGAUUGAUUUUGUAAUGUGUUUAUCUGUAAACCACAACAAAAAACACUUGGAAUUUUAAAUAAAUUUACAGUUCUAAAACUGGA